AUGGUCAAUGCAGUAGCGCCGACCGUCAGCAUCUUGCCAAACGCCCUCGUUCCUACGCAGCGAACCGGGCGCCAGGCUCUUGUCGCACUCGUCGGUCUCUGCUGGAUCUGGCUUGGCCUCGCGGGAAGCGUCUGGUACAUGUGGCUAUUGACGCCGAGCUUCCGCAACGACCUUUGGUGGUCGUACUUUAACGCCACCGGCUACCAAGUGCUGCUCAUCGACGUCAUCAACGACUUGCUGUCGACAACGAUCGAGCUCCCCGCCCUUGUCAACGUGGCGUCGGUGGCCAUUUACCGCGACUACGCCGGUGCGGUGCUCCCGCCGUUGGCGCAUCCGGUGUAUGCAGCGCGCUUGGCGACGCAUGGUUUGUCUUCUAUUGCGUACGUGAUACCGAACCUGCGCAACGUCUCGGCCACCGAGGCGCUAUGGCUGCCCACGCAGUACUGCUACGUGGACUUUGCAAGGCGCUGGGAGCUCGCCCACACGGAGGCCCGCCAGCACCGAUGCGCGGCGACCAUGGCAACCAACGGUGCCGUGUUCUUGGAAGCUGUUUUGCGCAACCAAGACUGGAACGCGAUUGCGCUCGCCGCCGGUGCUGGGUUUGCGCCCGCGAUUGAGCGCGGGCUUCAAGCAACCGCUGACGGGCGCGCCUGGAUGGCGGCGACAGCGACUGCCAACACGACGGUGAUUGAUGAAAUCGCCUACUGGAUACACCAUGGUCUCCGAACCUACGAGCUGCAGUGGCAGACGUACAACCUGCCGGGCCUCGACCAACGGCUGGUGAUUGAGAACGCGCUGAGCAUCGAGCAGUCGGUGACGCUCAAGUCGUCGACGACGCGCCGGGGGCCGUGGACGACCAUGAACCUCAAUUUUUUCUUCAUCAACGAGAUCUACACGGUCGGCACCGCGUGCAACAUGAGUCUCAUUCGCAACACAACAAAGUACUUUACGAGCGACUACUGCAUCUCAUAUACGACAACGGACCUCGAAGGCGCGCUCUUCUUAUCGGACGACAAUGGUAACUUUGUGGCCCAGACCAGUCUUAGCCACACGUUCAUUGGGCCGUUCUUGUCGGUCGACAUGUGGGUGCUCUCACCGCCCCCUCAACUCAUUGCGCUCGUUGCAGCCAUCACGUCGGCGCUCCAUGACGCGCUAGAAACCAAUUUGCAAUUCGCGAUUGGCGUUCAGAAUCUUCGCGCCAUGAGCUUGCAGCCACUGCCUCUGCCGUGGCGAACCGAUGCGCUAGGCAACAACUACCUCUACUAUGGCGGCAACCAUAUGUGCCUCGGCGGCACGGCACGAGGAUACGUGCAAGCACCGUUCACGGCCGACGCGGCGUGCGAGCUCCAACCGCCGCUCACGAUCAACGUGUUUCCUGAAGCGCUGCUCUACAGUCUUCUCGCAUCAUCAUCCCAUGGCGAUGCCCAAAGCAACAGCUCAAGCAUCAGCAGCACCGUCUGUGAUCUUCAAGACGCCAUGAGUUGCGCCAGCGACAUCGACAUCGCGACGGCCCUUUUACAGCGGUACCCGCUAUCUGGCGGCUGGUCCCAGCUUGCUAUCAACGCGUCGGCUGCCGUCGCAGCCCUCAAUGUGAGCCUUAUGCAGUACGCCUCCGACAAUGACGCUGUCGAGUAUUCGCUCCUGUGGCUUCCGAUCCUCGAGCCGUCGUGGCGUUUCUACGGCCACGUGAUGCUCUUUGACUGGGUCCGGGGCGUUCGGGAGGUUGUGGCGUUUGAGGGCGACGCCGCCACCUUGGUACUGAUGUCAGACAUGUACGACACGGCAACCACUGAGCCAAGCACAGCAACCCUGAGCCGAGCUUCGAGAGCGAUCUACAUCUUGCUCGUCUACUCGUCGGUGCUCCUUGGCCUCCUCGUCGUCGCCACCACAUUGUAUGCCGGUAUGGCCAAGCUGCAUUUUCUUGGAGUCAACUUGACCUAUUUCCAUCGGGUCGCAGGCUCGACGUGGCUCGGCCGCCCGCUCUUGUUUCUCCGCGGCGCCUCGGCGCUGAUCCUUCUGGGCACGGCGCCAAUUGGCGUCGCAUCGGUGCACGGCACAGCCGCGUUGCAUCUGCCGUCGCGCUCGAUCUAUGAAAGCAUGCUGCUGGCGUGGGAAGCGCUGUGGAUCACAUAUGUACUGCAAGAGCUCCUCCUCCCGUUCAGCGACAAGGGGAUUCACAGCGCCGGCUACGUAAGCUCGGGUAUCCUCUGGGUUGUCUAUGUUGGUUUGGACAGUGCGUCGCCACUCUCUGUCGAGACUUUGCUGCAGCACGACUGUGUUGGCCUCGCUUACUGUCUUUCGUGCAGUAGCGUCCGCAUCCAGCUCGGUAGCGUCGUCCGCGUCCUCUGGCUCUUCCUCCUCCAAGGCCUUGUCGUGCCGAUUGCGUUGAUGGCUGCCUAUGGGCACCGACGCAAGCGUGGUCGGCGACAGUCGCGCGGCGUGCACGGCCUCAUGCUCUCGGGCUCUGGCUUUGCCUUUCUCGCUACCCCGGACGAGGAGGACGCGCCAUUCGAUGCCAUUGCGGGGCUCUUCUCGGGCCUCCUGCGUCUUACCUACAAGCGUCGGGAUUAUACAUUCGACAUCAAGCUCUGGACGAUCGUUCGCGGACGGAAACAACGAGCGCGCAGUCACUCCAAGCUCGAUGGCCCGAGUACGUCGACGAUCCCGAAAUUGGCACCGAUUGCCCCCCGGCCGUGGUGGCUGGGGUGGGUCUACAGCUUGGGCGGCAUGGCUUACAUUGGUAUCGCAAUCGCGGGAAGUCUAAGUUACCUCCGGCUCUCCGAGUCGACGCUGACCAACGACUUGAUCUGGGUCGGCUUUGACCUGCGGGGGGACCACCCGUUCUUGGCGACGUGGCUCUUGGAGGCGCUAGCGCUCGGCGCGGAGAAUACCACCCGACCACUCCAUACACUCAACGUCGCCGCGCCCUUCAAUGCAACAGUAGCAUCGACCAUUUCGUUUGCGGACCACGAUGGUGCCAUGCUGCACUACUCGGAGCUGAAUUCGGUCGCCGUCGCGAUUCCGGCGCUGCGGUCGCUGCCAGCGAGUGAGAUCCCUUGGGUCUUCACAGGCUACUGCUACGUCGACUUCAACCAGUCGUUUGGGGUCGCACACACAGCGGCGCGGCAGGCUCGCUGUGCAUCGUAUGCAUCGAAUGGGGCUGUGUACAUGGAGUCGUUUCUGCGCAACGUCGUCUGGUCCGACUGGGUCAAUUACUGGGGCGAAGCCUUCGAGACCAGUAUCGCGACAUCCCUCGUGUCGUCGGCCGCCGGCCUCGCCUUCUUGAACCGCCUCGGCGAGCCGUGGGCACCGAUCGAGGACGAAGUCGACUACUGGAGGCGCCACGGCAUCGCUUUCUAUCAACUCCAGUGGCAAAACUUCAAGACCAUUGGUCUCAUCAACGCCUAUUCAAUCGUGAAUGCCUACGGCGCCGCGUACCCGUUCACACUGCAGGCGACCGCGGGUGCCCUUCGCCUUGGCAAGCAGACCUCGUACAAGAUGUACUGGGGACUCGCCAACGAUCUAAGCGGCGUUCUCAACAACGGCACCGACCUCGGGGGCAAGAGCCUCGUCCGCGACACGGCCAUGGCACGCAAUGGGACGCUGACGAGCGUGUAUCUGCAGACGGGCGUGCUCGCAAGCCCGCUCUCGGCCGGUCUCUCGGCCAUCCAGUCCUUUCUCGGUCCGUUCGGGUCCAUCGAUAUGCAGUAUGUCCCUGUGCCCGUCGACGUCCGGCGCGCGGCGGGCGCCGCCAUGGCGAUCGUGCACGACCUCCGACUGGCGCAUGGCGCGGCCUAUGCAGCCUUGCCCCACCCGCUGUACCUCAACCCAGUGCCGUUUGCGUGGUUGCGGCCGACGUUUUUUGUGCUCGGUGGCUCGGUCCUCUGCGUACCGGACACAUCGCCGCUCAUCAUCACGGGCGGGCUCCAGCCACUCUUUUCCUUCGAGAGCUCGUGCAGUGCCAACACGGGGCGCACGAUCGCGUCGAUUCCAAGCCAAGACCACCUCCUCUUUGCUGCCGCGUAUGCGCAUACGAUCACGAACAUCACGCAUGUCUGCCUUCAGAUGCGCACCCAAGCGUAUGCUUGCGAGCCGAUGCUUCGCAACACUCUGGCCUUUCUCUCGCAGGCCAACCUUUCGGCGCUCCAUUCAACAUGGGCGCCACGGCUUCUGGAUGCGCUGACGCCGCUGCAGAUUGAGCUCUUCCAAGUGGGCCGGCCGAAAGCAUCGGCGCCGAUGCAAAUCUAUCAUUUGCCGCUCCUCGCGUCCCCGCCCUUUUCGUUUUUUGCCAACGUGCUGCUCUACGACUGGGUGCUCGGGAAUCGCGAAGUCGUUCGGUUCACCGGCGAUGUCACUGCCAUCACGCUGAUCGGGGACGGCCUGCGUCCGCGGGUGCAAGCCACAGACGCGUCGCAGCUCCCGACGGUCUUUGCACUCUACUCGCACCGGUCGGUGCAGUACGUGACGUACGUGAUGAUCGCACUCGCCGCGACGACGGCCCUGUACGCAGUCGUGAGCCGCGGUCACGUCGAGGGGCUCAACUUGCUCGAGCUCUCGCGCGUCGGCGGCAUUGUCUGGGUCGGGCGGCCGCUCAUUGCGCUUCGGAGCAUCACGGCGCUCUGCCUCCUCUCAACGUCGCGCCUCGAGCUCGACUACGACGGCUACAACAGCGCGUUCUUGAGCCAGAACGCACCGUGGUACUCGGCCGGCAUCGCUGCCAACGAAGUCACGUGGCUUGUCGGUAUUGUCAACGACAUUGCGAUCGUCUUUACCCAAGAUCUCACGAUGCUCUACACGAUCUACAACUCGCUGCUGGUCUUGCUUCUGGCGGCGUGCAUUACGAUCCUCCUUCCGAUCGAGCCGACCGUCUCUGUGGCCCGCGCGUGUCACAUCGAGUCGCUCGACUGGCAAGUGGUGUGCAAUAGUGGCCAAGUGGCCGUGGGCGACUGGCGACGCCUCCUCUUCUUGAUCGGGACCGUCUUUGGCUGCAACGGCGCGUGCUAUUGGCUCGUCAAACUCGGCUGCCGACGACCGGUCGCUGUGUACGCCCGACCCUCGCUUUUACUGAGUGGCGGGGCCCGGUACCUUUUCGACCAUGGGCCGUGGAUGCACGAAGGCGUCUAUUACAUGGACCGCGCCUCGGCCGUCCUCAACGGGCUCCUCAGUCUUCGGUAUCGCAGUGUGUUGUACAUUUUUGACGUCAAGACAUGGCGCCUGCACCGGAUGACGUCGCCGACGCAUUCGACCCCCGUGCCCCCCCGCCUCGCACGUGGCAUUCCUCUCCUCGAUGCUUGAGGAGUCUAGCGUUUCGCUGGCUUCCCCGCUCGAGUGGAAAAUAUUGUAGUAUCUGAUAUAUUGGUUCGCCACAAGUGCAAAGUGACACAGCUGCGAGAUGAUGCUCAUGGCUAUAGAAAGCAGUGGCGCAGCGAGGUUCGAAGCGCCAACUCGUCGAAAGAGGAUCACAUAAUGUACUCGUACACUGG